UACGUAGGGGUACAUCAGUGGGGGGCUGGCCCUCGGAUCUUUUACACCUGGAGCCAUCCUAAUCCAAGUACAGGUACCUGGAUCGCGUCCCCGUCUCCGCACGAUCCCCCGCAUCCGGUUCCCCUUACUUGGCAGCAGGCUAGGGGUAAGAAGGCAACUAAGCUAGAGGCAAGGUACCUAAAAGUCAGCCCUCUUCUCCCCGUAAGCCCCGCCAUAAGACAGUCCCCGGACCCCUCUAUAUCAUCGGCUGUCUCUCGGGACUUCAGGUCGUUUUCCUCAACCUCCCAUACUACCUACCACCCUACCUAUCUGACCUCCCUUGCCUAUAUCGCCAAUCCGCGCGCGGCUGUAACAUCGGUUCCGAGUCGAGAAUACGCUGCGUCCGCCCCAGAUCGGCUCGCCCGCAGCACACGUCCAUUGCCCGCCAGCGCGAUUCUCGCUGAUGCUACCUGCGAUCUCGACGAGAUCUACGCUUGUCCGAGGCCUGCUGUAACGUCCGCGUCCAAUCACCUCCUCGUCUACCUGCCCUUUUUGUCCCCUUCCUCCAUCCAGCCGGCGAUUCUUACGCACAACUGCUCCCGCCUCUUCCACCAUGGCAUCCGCAACGGCUGGCCCCCAGCGACGGCUUGAAAACCCGGCCAUCUUUAUCUGCGAUAUCCAGGAAAAGUUCCGCAAUGCUAUCUGGGAGUUCGACAAGGUCGUCUUCACGACCCAGAAGGUGCUGCGGGCGGCGCAGACGCUCAAGAUCCCGGUGUACGUGACGACGCAGAACGCGGCGAAGCUGGGGGCGACGGUGCCGGAGGUGCUGUCGCUGGCGAGCGCGGAGCUGACGGCGGUGAACGCGGACAAGACGGGGUUCAGCAUGCUGGCGGCGGCGGAGCUGGCGGCGCACUUCGGGGCGGUGUCGGAGGCGCAGCCGCGGCGCGCCGUGGCCAUCGUCGGCAUCGAGAGCCACGUCUGCGUGACGCAGACGGCGCUGGACCUUCUCGCGCGCGGCCACCGCGUCUACGUGCUGGCCGACGGCGUCAGCAGCUGCAACGCCGGCGAGGUCGCCGUCGCGCUCGCCCGCCUCCGCGCCGAGGGCGCCCGCGUCACCACCAGCGAGUCCUGGCUCUACGAGUGCAUGGGCGACGCCGCCAUCCCCGAGUUCCGCGACGUCGCCCGCCUCGUCAAGGAGUCCGUCCCCGAGACCCGCGCGGCCGUCCAGGCCCUGCUGGGUAAGAUCUGAGAGGAGGCGGGGAGAGAAAAAAAAAGGGGGGA